GUCGCAUCGAGAACCAAGCUUUGCACCACCACCACAGCAUCCACCAUCACCACCGCCACCCCACGCUGCCCUUUCUCUCACUCCACACCCCAGAUAACCGCUCCGCAACAGUUGGUGCAGUCGCCUGGCCUGGCACCCUCAGAGACAACUCCGCACUUGGUCCGCUCGUCAAUGGAGCCGAACAAUCGUUAAUUCUUGUGUUACUCAAGUGCUGCGGGGUUUCCGCACACUGAGGCACCGCAAAGGGGACGACGGCCUGUACGCACCCACCCACUCUUCAACCACGCCCAUAGACUGGCUCUAAUGAAUCGGCACACGCAGUGCCACCCAUGUCGACACACGAUCCCGAGCCGCCGUCCCCGACGAAAGUCCCCGACCGGUAUGCGCCAUCCGCCCGGCCUGUCCAACCGCGCGACAUGUCGAUACCCACCAAGCAAAGUGCCUGGAGUGCGCCCAUUGCGAACCUGGCUGUCAAAGUCGCAAAUCUUCCUGACGGCUCCGUCAAUGCGUUGUGCGGGGCUUCUGCCGGCGUCGCUUCCGGCAUCGUCACCUGCCCGCUUGAUGUCAUCAAGACGCGAUUGCAGGCGCAGGGCUCAUUUCGCCCACGAAAGUAUACUGGACCGCCCCGCACCGUCUAUAAAGGCCUCGGUGGCACUGCGCGCAUCAUCUGGGUCGAGGAUGGUAUCCGCGGCCUGUACAGAGGCCUCGGGCCAAUGCUACUUGGCUACAUUCCCACCUGGGCAGUCUAUAUGAGCACAUACGACCAGACCAAGAAUCUCCUCUAUCCUCAGAUGGAGAACAAAUGGCUCGCUCGAACUAUUGCCUCAUUAGUUGCCGGUGGCUGUUCGACCCUAGUCACCAACCCCAUUUGGGUUGUGAAGACGAGAUUAAUGUCACAAGUCAGCGCUCGUGCAUCAGACGAACAUCGGCCGCCAUGGCACUACAAAAACACAUUUGACGCCUUCCGCAAGAUGUAUGCCAAAGAAGGUCUUAUAUCCUUCUACUCUGGACUUACACCAGCUUUGCUUGGACUCACGCACGUCGCUAUCCAGUUUCCACUAUAUGAAUUCCUGAAGAUGAAAUUCACUGGCCUAGAAAUGGGCCAAACAGACGCAAAGACCGAGGAGGUGCAUUGGUUUGCAAUUGCGUUGGCCACUGUACUCAGCAAAAUGACUGCGACAUCGGCUACAUAUCCACACGAGGUUUUGCGCACACGGCUGCAGACCCAGCAACGAGCGCUUCCCGAGCACUCAGACAACCAUAUUACAUUUCGAGGAGGGCACCACGAUCAACUCCACACAAGACCUCCAGGAACAGCUUCUUCAGACGGUAUGAUCAACAUACCUCGCUAUCGUGGCAUACUUCGAACAUGCACCGUAAUCCUUCAAGAAGAGGGUUGGAGAGCCUUCUACAAUGGUAUGGGCACCAAUAUGGUCCGCGCUGUUCCUGCAGCCGUUACGACUAUGCUUACGUUUGAACUGUUGAAGAGUGUUCACCAGAAGCUGAAGAAGGAGGGGGAAAGGAUAGAAGGAUAGAAGUAUAGCGAUGAUUUUCUGUUACUCAUUUCACAUGAUCAGCACGGCGCUGCUAUGGCCAGCUUGAUGUUCUGCAUUGAUAAUCAUGAACAUAUAAUAUAACUGAUUAAACCUCA